AUGCCAUCGUCAAGCUUCGCCAAUUACACAGGCACACCGGCAGCAGUAGCAGCAGCAGCAAACAACUUUCUCCCGGCCCUACACCACGCCGUCUCGGGCUCCGCCGGCACGCUCAUCUCAACAUGCACUCUCUACCCUCUCUCUCUAGCGAUUACCCGCCUCCAAGCUCAACGACAAUUUCGUCGCGAGGAAAGACUCAACAGCAACAGCAGCAGCAGCAGCAGCAGCGCCGGCGACACCACCCCCACAGGUCCGACCGGUCCCGGGGCAGCAACAGCAGCUCCGGGUCCGGCACGGGAGUCCACGUACGCCGGAAUCACCGAAGCCUUUUCGCGGAUCUGGAAGUCCGGUGGCGGGCCGAAAGCACUCUAUACUGGCCUAGCUCAAGACGCAGCCAAAUCUGUCUUGGACUCUUUCCUCUUCUUUCUCUUCUAUGAGUGGUUCCGGAGCGUCGGGCUCGCGGCCGGGGGCCGUGGUCGCGGGAGGAGAAGAGGGGAUAGGUCCGCGUCGGGGCUGGGCGUCCUUGAGGAAUUGGCUAUUGGUGUGGCGGCUAGUGCCUGCUCAAGGCUCUUCACGACUCCGAUUGCUAAUGUGGUCGCCCGCAAGCAGACGGUCCCGCUCGUCGACAGCGAGGGAAGGGAUGCCAGCGUCCGCGAGAUCAUCGAAGCUAUCCGGAAGGAGCAGGGUCUCGCGGGGUUCUGGUCCGGGUACUCGGCUAGCCUGGUGCUCACCCUGAACCCGAGUAUCACCUUCUUCCUUCAGGAGUUCCUCAAGAAAAAGACCGUCUCGGCCGAUAGAUGGGACAACCCCGGCGCGCACAUGACGUUCCUCCUCGCGGCUAUCAGCAAAACCAUCGCUAGCACUAUCACAUACCCGUUCCAAAUCGCUAAUACCCGACUACAGAAUGGCAUCCCGGCCACGCCCAAGAGCCCGAACGGGGAUGCAGCACAGGCCUCUGCGGGAGCAGUCGAGGCCCCCGCGCAGGAAGCGCAGACACACCACGUCACCUUCGACGAGCCAAUAUCUCCCAAGACAGAAGUCCCUCGUAAGGUCUCUUUCAAAGAAAACGUCGCGCCGCCGGAGCGGAUCCCCGGAGGCGAAAGCGACUAUAAAUCGGACGCGCUACGGACGGUCAAGGACUUUGGUAAGAGCAGUGUCUUCGGCGCCGCCGUGCAGAUUGCGCGCACCGAGGGCGUCGGAGCUCUAUACGCUGGCAUCUUCGGCGAACUGAUUAAAAGCUUCCUGGGCCACGGGACUACGAUGCUGGCGAAGGAUGCCCACUCCACCACCUCUAGUACGAAUGUCCUCGCCUCCGCCGUCACCACCGUACUCAUCACUGGAAUUGCCACCAUCACCACCACCGUCUCUACCCGAAGCGCCAACACCACCCCUUCUCGAAUUCGAAUCCGAAUCCGAACCCCCCGCCCCAUUCGCCCUCCCACCUCCUCCCCCACGCCAACCUUCUCCGCCGCCACAGCGCUCCUCUCCCUCCCCUCUCCGCCUAGCAUCACUACCACCUCACCGCCCCCCAAUGCCUCCGUCCUCCUCGCCGCCGCAGCACCAGCUACACUCUCUGCGAGACCGACACGACAACAACUACGACCGAUACCGAUACGAGCGACUUCCAUCCCCUCCGCCGACGCCGUAUCCCGGCGCCGCGGGAUACGGCCACCGCUGGAGCAGUCCGCGGAACCGUAG